CCCUAGGGUUUAUCGACGGAUGUAUUAGUUCACAAACCUCUACCACCACAGCAAUGGCGAAGCCGAAAAGAGUCCGCCGCUCGCCGCCUUCCGGGUCCGUUUCGGGCUCAUCAACUCGGUCUAGGUCCCGUUCCCGAUCUAGUUCCUCGACUGGGUCAGGUUCUCGGUCCACCUCUCGGUCUCGAUCGUUGUCGCGCUCUAGGUCCCGCGCCAAAUCCUUUUCCAGCUCGUCUUCCUCCCCUUCUCGGAGUGCCGGCUCUCGUAGCCGUAGCCCUCCUCGUCGCAAAAGUCCUCCUGAUGUACCUAAGCGAGGUCGCUCCCCACCCCCGCCAUCUAAGAAAUCUCCGCCUCCAAGGAAAGUCUCUCCCAUUCGUGAAUCUCUCGUUCUUCACAUUGACUCGCUCAGCAGGAAUGUGAAUGAAGGUCAUUUGAAAGAAAUAUUCAGCAACUUCGGCGAAGUUGUUAAUGUGGAGCUGGCAAUGGACCGCAACGUUAAUCUUCCAAGAGGAUAUGGUUAUGUUGAGUUCAAGUCUAGAGCAGAUGCAGAGAAAGCCCUGUUGCACAUGGAUGGAGCCCAAAUUGAUGGGAAUGUUGUUCGAGCAAAGUUCACUUUACCUCCACGGCAAAAGCUUUCCCCACUGCCAAAGGCCAUUCCUAGUGCUCCAAAAAGAGAGGCACCAAAAACCGAUGCUGAUAUCGAGAAAGAUGUGCCUAAACGGCAGAGAGAAUCAGCAUCGCCUCAGAGAAAACCUCUACCUUCACCAAGAAGAAGAUCUCCUGUAGGUCGAAGAGGUGUAUCUCCGAAACGGCACCCUGAUUCUCCUCCACGACGACGUGCUGAAUCUCCUGUUCGUCGUCGGGUAGAGUCCCCUUAUCGUCGUGGUGAGACACCUCCUAGGCGCAGACCUGCAUCACCACCAAGAGGUCGUUCUCCAUCUCCUCGGAGGCGGCAAAGAUCACCUGCAAGGCCCUCUCCCCGAAGGGUACGUGGCAGUCCCAUUCGUAGACGUUCGCCUCUACCCCCACCCAGACGCCGUUCACCUCCUAGAAGGGCCCGGAGUCCACCAAGAAGGUCACCAUUCAGUCGUAGGCGUAGCCGUUCUCCAAUUCGUCGACCUCUUCGCUCGCGUUCACCAUCUAUCUCACCUCGAAGAGGCCGAGCACCACCUGUGAGACGCGGGAGGUCUUCUUCAUACUCAGGAUCUCCUAGUCCACGCAAGGUAACCCGGAGAAUCUCAAGGAGUCGCAGUCCUAGAAGGCCUUUGAGAGGAAGAAGUAGUAGCAAGAGCAGCAGCAGUACUUCACCACCUCGUAAGCCAUAGGUAAUUUCUGUUCUGUCCUCCCCUCUGCCCCGCCUCUUUCUUCUACCACCCCCUACUUUGUGUUUCUGUGUGCGUGUGUGGUUGAGUACUCACGUCUCUCAAUAUUGUCAAUGUAUUAGAGAAAAACUGCAGUGGAACUUAGCAUCUCUUUAUUAAGUGGUUGCUUUAAGGUGUUGGUUUUAGGAACAUUUGUCUGUAUUCCCUAUACUAUGUUUGAUGAGGCUGUAUCAUUUGGACCCUGUAUUUUCUCAUUAAUUCUGUAAACUGCUUAAUUGUGCUGCAUGGUACAUAUCUUGGCUCGUU